AUGGCUUUCAAAAUUGCUUGCCUAAUAUUGGCAGUAGCCAUAGCAGUACAAGGCUUACCUCAUCUUGGACUCGGUUUAAAUAUCGGCGCUGGUCUUGGUCUUGGUGGACAUGGACACGGACAUAAGCACGGCGACGCUGGACUAGGACUAGGUAUUGGUGCUGGAAUUCUUGGACAUGGACAUGGAAAUGGAGACGGUGACGCUGGACUAGGACUAGGUAUUGGUGCUGGAAUUCAUGGACAUGGAAAUGGAGACGAUGACGGUGGACUGGGACUAGGUGUUGGUGCUGGAAUUCAUGGACAUGGCCAUGGAAAUGGAGACGGUGACGCUGGACUGGGACUAGGUGUUGGUGCUGGAAUUCAUGGACAUGAACAUGGAAAUGGAGACGGUGACGCUGGACUGGGACUAGGUGUUGGUGCUGGAAUUCAUGGACAUGGACAUGGAAACGCAAACGGCGACGCUGGACUAGGACUAGGUGUUGGUGCUGGAAUCCAUGGACGACAUGGAUAUGGAAAUCGAGACGGUGAUGCUGGACUAGGACUAGGUAUUGGUGCUGGAAUUCAUGGACAUGGACAUGGAAAUGGACAUGGUGACGCUGGACUAGGACUAGAUGCUGGUGCUGGAAUUCAUGGACAUGGACAUGGAAAUGGAGACGGUGACGCUGGACUGGGACUAGGUGUUGGUGCUGGAAUUCAUGGACAUGGACAUGGAAACGCAAACGGCGACGCUGGACUAGGACUAGGUGUUGGUGCUGGAAUCCAUGGACGACAUGGAUAUGAAAAUCGAGACGGUGACGCUGGUCUAGGACUAGGUAUUGGUGCUGGAAUUCAUGGACAUGGACAUGGAAAUGGAGACGGUGACGCUGGACUAGGAGUUGGUGCUGGUGUUGGAGCUUAUGGACAUGGACAUGGAAAUGGAGACGGUAACGCUGGACUAGGAGUUGGUGCUGGUGUCGGAGCUCAUGGACAUGGCCAUGGAAAUGGAGACAAUGACGCGGGACUAGGAGUCGGUGCUGGUAUUGGAGUUCAUGGACAUGGGCAUGGAAACGGAGAUGGUGACGCUGGACUAGGAGUCGGUGCUGGUGUCGGAGUUCAUGGACAUGGGCAUAGAAAUGGAGAUGGAGACGCUGGACUAGGAAUCGGUGCUGGUGUCGGAGUUCAUGGACAUGGGCAUGGAAAUGGAGACGGAGACGCUGGACUAGGAAUCGGUGCUGGUGUCGGAGUUCAUGGACAUGGGCAUGGAAAUGGAGACGGUGACGCGGGACUAAGAGUCGGAGCUGGUGUCGGAGUUCAUGGACAUGGACAUGGAAAUGGAGACGGUGACGCUGGACUAGGAGUUGGUGCUGGUGUUGGAGUUCAUGGACAUGGACAUGGAAAUGGAGACGGUGACGCUGGACUAGGAGUUGGUGCUGGUGUUGGAGUUCAUGGACAUGGGCAUGGAAAUGGAGACGAUGACGCUGGACUAGGAGCUGGUGCUGGUGUUGGAGCUUAUGGACAUGGACAUGGAAAUGGAGACGGUAACGCUGAGCUAGUAGUUGGUGCUGGUGUUGGAGUUCAUGGACAUGGGCAUGGAAAUGGAGACGAUGACGCUGGACUGGGAGUUGGUGCUGGUAUUGGAGUUCAUGGACAUGGGCAUGGAAAUGGAGACGGUGACGCUGGAGUAAGAGUUGGUGCUGGUGUUGGAGCUCAUGGACAUGGACACGGAAAUGGAGAUGGUGACGCUGGACUAGGAGUUGGUGCUGGUGUUGGAGCUUAUGGACAUGGACAUGGAAAUGGAGACGGUAACGCUGAGCUAGUAGUUGGUGCUGGUGUUGGAGUUCAUGGACAUGGGCAUGGAAAUGGAGACGAUGACGCUGGACUAGGAGUUGGUGCUGGUAUUGGAGUUCAUGGACAUGGGCAUGGAAAUGGAGACGGUGACGCUGGACUAGGAGUUGGUGCUGGUGUUGGAGUUCAUGGACAUGGACAUGGAAAUGGAGACGGUGGCGCUGGACUAGGACUAGGUAUUGGUGCCGGAAUUCAUGGACAUGGCCAUGGACAUGGAGACAAUGACGCGGGACUAGGACUAGGCGUUGGUGCUGGAAUUCAUGGACAUGGUAAUGGAAAUGGAGACAAUAAUGCUGGACUAGGACUCGGUGUUGGUGUUGGAGGUUAUGGCCAUGGUAACGGAUACGGAAAUGGUGACGCUGGCCUAGGACUCGGUGUUGGUGUUGGAGCUCAUGGCCAUGGUAACGGAUACGGACAUGGUGACGCAGGGCUAGGACUCGGUGUCAGUGCCGAAUCUCACGGACAUGGUUACGGCCAUGGUUAUCACGAUUUCGGACUCGGAGGUGGAGCCAAUGUUGGUACUGGAUUAUACGGACGUGGUAGCACUGACGGCUACCGUCAUGAUGGAGCUAAGCUAGGUCUAGGAAUAGGCGUCGGAGGUGGAGCAGGCGCUGGUUUAUCUGACUUUGGAUUUGGUGCCUUUAGCGGCUUAGGCAGACGCCACGAUUAUGGAUACGACAGAUAUGGCAUUAACGGCUAUAGAAACUAUGGUUACCGAGACUCUGGCCACGUCAAUUACCCUGGCUACAAUAGCUUACCUCAUCUUGGACUCGGAUUGAAUAUCGGCGCUGGCCUUGGUCUUGGUGGACGUGGACACGGAUAUAAACACGGUGACGCUGGGCUAGGACUAGGACUAGGUGUUGGUUCUGGAAUUCAUGGACAUGGACAUGGAAAUGGAGACGGUGACGCUGGACUGGGCCUAGGUGUUGGUGCUGGAAUUCAUGGACAUGGACAUGGAAAUGGAGACGGUGACGCUGGACUAGGACUAGGUGUUGGUGCUGGAAUUCAUGGACAUGGACAUGGAAAUGGAGACGGUGACGCUGGACUAGGCGUCGGUGUUGGUGCUGGAAUUCAUGGACAUGGACAUGGAAAUGGAGACGGUGACGCUGGACUAGGACUAGGUGUUGGUGCUGGAAUUCAUGGACAUGGACAUGGAAAUGGAGACGGUGACGCUGGACUAGGCGUCGGUGCUGGUGUCGGAGUUCAUGGACAUGGCCAUGGAAAUGGAGACAAUGACGCGGGACUAGGAGUCGGUGCUGGUAUUGGAGUUCAUGGACAUGGGCAUGGAAAUGGAGACGGUAACACUGGACUAGGAGUUGGUGCUGGUAUUGGAGUUCAUGGACAUGGGCAUGGAAAUGGAGACGGUGACGCUGGACUAGGACUAGGUAUUGGUGCCGGAAUUCAUGGACAUGGACAUGAACAUGGACAUGGACAUGGACAUGGACAUGGAGACGGCGAUGCUGGGCUAGGACUAGGUGUUAGUGCUGGAAUUCAUGGACAUGGACACGGAAAUGGAGACGGUGACGCUGGACUAGGCGUCGGUGCUGGUGUCAGAGUUCAUGGACAUGGCCAUGGAAAUGGAAACAAUGACGCGGGACUAGGAGUCGGUGCUGGUAUUGGAGUUCAUGGACAUGGGCAUGGAAAUGGAGACGGUGACGCUGGACUAGGUAUUGGUGCCGGAAUUCAUGGACAUGGACAUGGACAUGGACAUGGACAUGGACAUGGACAUGGACAUAGACAUGGAGACGGCGAUGCUGGGCUAGGACUAGGUGUUGGUGCUGGAGUUCAUGGACAUGGUAAUGGAAAUAGAGACAAUAACGCUGGGCUAGGACUCGGUGUUGAUGUUGGAGCUUAUGGCCGUGGUAACAGAUACGGACAUGGUGACGCAGGGCUAGGACUCGGUGUUGGUGUUGGAGCUCACGGCCAUGGUAACGGAUAUAGACACGACGACACUGGACUAGGAGUCGGGGCUGGUGUCAGUGCCGGAUCUCACGGACAUGGUUACGGCCAUGGUUAUCACGAUUUCGGACUAGGAGGUGGGGCCAAUGUUGGCACUGGAUUACACGGACGUGUCAUUACUGUCGGCUACUGUUAA